AUGACAGAAGCUGCAUAUGACAACGUCGACUUCUCGGACGAUAUUCGAGUCCAGGAGCUCCAAUCCUGUAAAGCUAUCUACCCCAACUGCACGAUGAACUUCUCAAAAUAUACUGGAUCGAUAGAGAUCCCACUCAAAAACGAAGACGGCAUAAUACUUCGACUAUUACCCGAGUCCCAUCGAGAUACUCCCUUAUUAACGCAUAAGGUUUGCAAUCUACCUUCGCUUCUAUUCACUUUCGAACUUCCAGAAAGAUAUCCGUACGAAGAAUCACUUAACUUCAACCUUACCAGUUCAAUUUUGCACCAGACUGUAGUAGACUCUAUGAUAGUCCACUUGGAGCAAAUCUGGGAAAGUUACCAAGACCAGGUACUUUUCAGCAUGAUAGACUAUUUGCACGACCAAACUCAGAACGAAUGGGAUCUGCUCAUUGGUCCCAAGUACGAUGUUACUAGUGGCCAAGAAUUUCAGACCAUAGUAGACUAUGACAACGACAUUAAGCAACAGGAGUACGAAACUAAGACAUUUACCUGUGAGGUGUGCCAGGAAGACUAUAAAGGCGUUAAUUGUCUGCGCUUCGACUCAUGUGGCCAUACCUUUUGUAAUACCUGUUUAUUUGCCUACUUCUCGUCUGUGAUCCGAACCGGAGAGAUAGACAAAGUGCACUGCCCCAGUUAUGAGUGCACCAAGAAGUUUGUCAAGACCAAAGAUGAAUACUCCAAGUUGGAGUCGUGGCUUAUGUCAGAUACUAGAGUUGAGGAAAUUGUCAGGACUUUGCUCACACCUGCUGUGCCGCUCAAUUUUCUCUCUAAGAUAUUGACAUCUGUCCAGAGUAAUGAAAGUGGUGAGAAGACAAGUGAAGACUUGGUCAAUAGAUAUUAUACGCUCUUCAAGAAGUCGCAGUACGAAUUCAUUGGUAAAUUGCUACCUAACAGACUUGUAAAAUGUCCUAGAAUUGGCUGCGACGAAGCCAUAUUUAGAGAAGAUCUCACAGAGCGGUUGGUAGUAUGUCCCAGAUGUGCAUAUGCCUUUUGCAACGACUGUCACAACUCUUACCAUGCCCGAUUCAAAGUAUGUAAAAAGGUCACUUCCGAGAGUGGCGAUUAUCUAGGGGUGGAAGUAAAGGAUAUUGAGGCAUAUAUGUCUUUACCUAGAGACUCCUACGAGAGGAAGACUCUAAAUGCUCGUUAUGGCAGACAGCGUAUCAUUCGAGCAGUAGAAGAGUACCAGAUGGACCUUCUUUUCAACAAGAUGUUGAAAGAAAGCAACGAAGUCAAGGAGUGCCCUGGCUGUGGAAUCAUCAUAGAGAAGUCUGAUGGCUGUAACAAAGUCAAAUGUUCGCAAUGUGGCACCAAUAUGUGUUUCUUAUGUGGAGAGAUGCUUGAGAAUAACUAUGAUCAUUUUGUUUCUGAAGACUCCUCUUGUUAUAGGAAGUUAUUUUUUGGAAUGCCAGGUGCAGAGGAAGAAUCAUGA